AUGGAUGCCGAUGUGAUUCGGGUCCUGUUAAACCGAAGCGACUUUAUCCCUCUCGAUACGCGCACCGACGACGAACACUACGGUAGGGUCGCCCGUGCAGAGCGUGCAGGUGCUAUCCCCGGCUCUAUUCACAUUGAAUGGCUCAAUAAUCUGGACGAAGCGGGUGCGUUCAAACCUGCUGACGAACUCCGGGAGAUGUAUGAAGCCGUUGGUAUUACACCCGACAAGCAGGUUAUGUGCUACUGA